UCCACUUUAACUGUUUACGGAUCUUAUUAAAAGUCAGAAAAUACUCCUGACGUUGACGUUUUGUCGCUUGGCACAAAGACAAUUCCUAUUUUCGGAACAGGUCCGUAUUGUCUAUGGCGCGUUUACACUAUAAGUGAGCUGGACUUUGGGGGAAUUUCUUUCGCUUGUGGUGUCCGUGAUUUGUAUUUCUAAGCUCCAUGGCUCUGGUGGUGUAUCUGAAAUCGGUUUCGGGUCUUCCAGGGAAAGCAGACCGACUCGCCAAAGUCUCAUUCCGAGGUCUGUCCUUCUACUCCCGAGUCCUGGAGAGCUGUGAGGAUGAAGCCAGGUUUGAGGAGGCAUUUCGAUGGUCAUUUGCCAGUAAAGUGGAUGGUAAUGAGAUGUUGGAGAUCCAUAUAUACAACUACAGCAAAGUCUUCACUAACAGGUUGAUUGGCACCUUUCGUAUGGUCCUACAGAAGGUGGUGGAAGAAGGCCAUUUGGAGGUGUCGGACACUCUUACUGAUGACAACAACACAUCAGUUCUGACGAGUAUCUCCAUAGAGAUCAGGUACCAGCCGAAGGAUGGGAGUGUAAGAGUGUGGAGUGAUGGGGAAUUCCUUGAUAUUCCGGAUGACCAUGAUGGAAUGUUCCAGUUUGAGACAGAGAGCCUCCUCUCGGUACACAGCCAGAGCUCAGGAACAUCACCGGGACGAUCGACCCCCAGCCUCCCCACUUUAAGGAAAGCAGGAAGAGGAGUGUUUUCAGCCAUGAAGCUUGGAAAGGUUCGCAGCUCCAAAGAUAACCACAAGAAAGAUGAUCCUGCCAUCUUGGAAACUGAGGAUCUUAACCAUAAAGGCAUAAAGCGUGAUCCUGACACUAUCUCCCUGGCCUCUGUCACUGCAGUGACCACUAAUAUCUCCAAUAAGAGAUCAAAGCCAGAUAUUAAGAUGGAGCCUACUGCAGGAAGGCCAGUGGAUUACCAGAUUAGCAUUAUGGUGAUUGAGGCUCGCCAGCUAGUGGGUUUAAACAUGGAUCCUUUGGUGUGUGUAGAGAUUGGUGAUGAGAAGAAAUGUACCUCUAUGAAAGAAUCAACAAACUGUCCUUACUACAAUGAGUACAUUGUCUUUGACUUCCAUGUUCCACCUGAUGUCAUGUUUGAUAAGAUCCUGAAGAUCUCCGUCAUUCAUUCCAAAAACCUACUGCGAAGUGGCACACUAGUUGGCACUUUUAAAAUAGAUGUUGGAACAAUCUACACACAGCCUGAGCACCAGUUCUACCAUAAAUGGGCCAUGCUGACUGACCCUGACGACAUCACAGCAGGCUGCAAAGGCUAUGUAAAAUGCGACAUAGCGGUGAUAGGGAAAGGGGACAACAUUAAGACCCCACACAAGGCCACUGAGACAGACGAUGAUGACAUAGAAGGGAAUCUUAUGAUGCCUGAGGGCAUCCCAGCGGAGAGGCAGUGGGCCCGCAUCUAUGUGAAGAUCUUCCGAGCAGAAGGGCUGCCAAAAAUGAAUGCCAGCAUCAUGGCCAAUGUGAAAAAGGCUUUAAUUGGAGACAAUAGAGACCUCGUGGACCCUUAUGUUCAAGUGCAGUUCUCUGGGCAGAAGGGGAAAACCACAGUGCAGAAGGGCACCUAUGAACCUAUUUGGAAUGAGCAAAUCAUCUUCACUGAGCUGUUCCCACCCUUGUGUAGACGCAUGAAAAUUCAGAUCAGGGAUUCCGAUAAGGUUAACGAUGUUGCCAUAGGAACUCACUUUAUUGACCUGCGCAAGAUUUCAAAUGAUGGAGACAAAGGCUUUCUACCCACACUGGGGCCAACCUGGGUGAACAUGUACGGCUCCACACGCCAAUACACGCUAAUGGACGAGCACCAGGACUUAAACGAAGGGCUCGGAGAGGGUGUGUCUUUCAGGGCCCGCCUCCUCAUUGGUCUUGCUGUGGAGAUCUUGGACAUGUCCUCUUCAGAUAUAAGCAUCUCCACUGAGGUCCAAAUGGAGCCCAUCUCAAAUAUUUCAGAAGUUUCAACAGGGAAAGUCGAGGAGUUUUUUCUGUUUGGAGCCUUCCUAGAGGCUACUAUGAUUGACAGGAAGAUAGGAGACAAACCGAUCAUCUUUGAGGUCACUAUUGGUAACUAUGGUAACCAGCUCGAUGGUGCAAGCAAACCAGUAAAAAGGAAGAAGAAGGGCAGAGGGGAGGGUGACGAUGAGGAGUCUGAGCUGAUUCAUAACUCCAGUGAUGAAGAGCCUGAGGAGGAUAGUGAUCUGGUGUCAGUGUCCUCUACCCCUGUCAUGAAGCCUGUUAUCACUGACAGCAAUUACUUCCAUUUGCCAUAUUUUGAAAAGAAGCCUUGCAUCUAUAUCAAGAGUUGGUGGCAAGAUCACAGAAGACGUUUCUACAACUCAAACAUCAUGGACAAGAUCGCAGAUAAACUGGAAGAGGGUCUGAAUGAUGUUCAGGAGAUUAUGAAGACAGAAAAGGCUUAUCCUGAACGCAGACUGAGGGGUGUUCUGGAGGAACUGAGCACUGGCUGCAAUCGAUUUGUCACCCUGGCCAAUAAAGAUCAGAAUCAGGCUGGUGUAACCAGAUUGGAUCGGGAAAGGCUGAAGUUCUGUCUUAGAGAGAUGGAGAGCAUGGCCCAGCAGGCCAAAACCAUACGCUCACAAGUGAAGAAAAACACUGUGCGAGACAAACUAAAACUGGCUCUGAAUUUCCUGCAGAAGCUCCGAUUCAUGGCUGAUGAGCCACAGCACUGUAUUCCGGAUGUGUUCAUAUGGAUGAUAAGUAACAAUAAACGUAUAGCAUACGCACGGAUUCCUUCAAAAGACAUCCUCUACUCGAUUGUAGAUGAGGAGAUGGGUAAAGACUGUGGGAAAGUCAAAGCUGUCUUUCUCAGAUUACCUGGAAAGAAGAGCUUUGGCCCAGCAGGCUGGACAGUUCAAGCUAAGAUGGAGUUGUACUUCUGGUUUGGUCUGAACAAGCAAAGGAAGGACUUCCUGAGUGGCCUCCCCAGUGGCUUUGAGGAAACUAAAGCAGCAAAAAGCACAGGCCUACAGUCUGUGCCUCCCAUUAACCUCAUCUAUAACAGUAUGCAGGUGUUCCAGCUCAGGGCUCACAUGUAUCAGGCCCGUAGCCUGUUUGCUGCAGAUGAUAGUGGCCUGUCGGAUCCUUUCGCCAGGGUCUUCUUUUCCACAUACAGCCAAGUCACAGAGGUGCUCAGUGAGACUCUUUGUCCAACAUGGGACCAGUUGCUGGUGUUUGAUAAUGUUGAGCUUUACGGUGAAGCCAGUGAACUCCGUGAUGACCCUCCAAUCAUUGUCAUAGAAAUUUAUGACCAGGAUACUGUGGGAAAAGCCGAGUUCAUCGGCCGAACUUUUGCCAAGCCUAUAACUAAGAUGGUUGAUGAGCAUUACGGCCCCCCACGCUUCCCUCCCCAGUUGGAGUACUACCAGAUCUAUAGAGGAAACGCCUGUGCAGGAGAGCUGCUGGCUGCCUUUGAGCUUCUACAGAUUGGACCAGCAGGAGUAAAAGAUCUCCCUCCUCUUGAUGGGCCAAACGAUGAAGACCAUGGCCCCAUCCUACCGGUGCCUCUGGGAAUACGACCUCUCCUCAGCAAAUACCGCAUAGAGGUUCUGUUCUGGGGCCUGAGGGACAUAAAGCGGAUUAACCUGACACAUGUGGACAAACCUCGUGUGGAUGUCGAAUGUGCAGGAAAAAGUGUCCAAUCAUCCCUGAUUCAAAACUACAAGAAAAAUCCAAAUUUCAGUACUCUGGUCAAAUGGUUUGAAGUGGAUCUACCAGAAAAUGAGUUUCUCCAUCCUCCUCUGAAUAUUCGAGUGGUGGAUUGCAGAGCGUUUGGACGUUACACCUUAGUGGGCUCACAUGCUGUCUCCAGCCUCCGCAAGUUCAUCUACACACCGUCAGAUAAGAGGGCCAACAACUGGGCCAAUACAGGUGACAUCAUCAUCAACAUGAACCCUGAGGCCAAUGUUAAGAAGAUUGAUACUGUGGUCAAACUGGAUGCUACCUCUGAUGCUGUUGUUAAAAUUGAUUCGAAUGAGGAUGAAAAGGAGAAAGAGAAGAAGAAGAAGAAGAAAAAAAAGAAGGGAGAGGAGGCAGAGGAAGAGGAACAAGAUGAGAGCAUAUUGGACUGGUGGUCAAAGUAUUUUCUCUCGAUAGAGACAAUGAUGGAGAAACUGCGUGCUCAAGAAGCAGCCUUGGCCGAGGCAGAAGAGCGAGAGGACAUGGAGAUUGCUGCAGAAGUGGCUGAAAUCAGAGUUGAUCAAUCUCAUGUGAAAGGCACCAAGACAAAAGAGAAAAAUAAAGCCAAGAAGGACAAGAAGAAGAAUCAGAACAGUGAAGUAUUGGAGAAAAAAGCUGACAAACGCAAAGUGGAAGAGCUUAUGGUGUUCAAUAAGGAGCUGGAGACUGAAUUUGAUAACUUUGAGGACUGGCUUCACAGCUUCAACCUGUAUAAAGGAAAGGUUGGAGAUGAUGAUGACAACAGUGGGAUGGAUGACGACCGGAUCAUGGGCCGAUUCAAAGGCUCACUGUGUGUGUACAAGCUGCCCCUUUCAGAAGAAAUCACCAAAGAGCCUGGAUUUGAUCCCAAUAUGGGCAUGUUUCAGAAUAUACCAUCCAAUGAUCCCAUCAAUGUCUUAGUGAGGAUUUACAUUGUUAAGGCAACAAACCUUCACCCUACUGACCUUAAUGGGAAAGCUGAUCCCUAUAUUGUCAUCAAGCUGGGAAAAACAGAGAUCAGGGACACGGAGAAUUACAUCUCUAAGCAGCUCAACCCUGUUUACGGGAAAUCUUUUGACAUCGAGGCCAGAUUUCCAAUGGAGUCGAUGCUGACGGUGUCGAUAUUUGACUGGGAUUUAGUUGGCAUUGAUGACCUGAUUGGAGAGACCAAGAUUGAUCUGGAGAACCGUUUCUACAGUAAAUACAGAGCCACCUGUGGCAUCGCAUCCACCUACUCUCUCCAUGGCUACAACUUGUGGCGAGAUCCUCAGAAACCCUCCCAGAUACUCACUAAAUUGUGUAAGGAGGGCAAGUUGGAUGGGCCACAUUAUGACCCAGGUGGAAAGGUCAAGGUUGCAAACCGUGUCUUUUUGGGGCCAACAGAAAUUGAGGAUGAAAAUGGUCUGAAGAAGCCGACAGAUGAACACUUGGCACUUAUUGCACUGAACCACUGGGAGGAAAUGCCUCAAGUAGGCUGCAGACUCGUCCCUGAGCAUGUAGAGACCAGGCCUCUUCUCAACCCAGAGAAACCAGGCAUAGAGCAGGGGAAAAUUGAGAUGUGGGUCGACAUGUUCCCAAUGGAUGCGUCUGCACCAGGGCCAGCCAUAGACAUAUCACCACGAAAACCAAAGAAAUACGAGCUCAGGGUGAUCAUAUGGAAUACUGACGAGGUCAUUCUGGAAGAUGACGAUUACUUCACAGGGGAAAAAUCCAGUGAUAUUUAUGUCAGGGGCUGGCUGAAAGGCCAAACAGAAGACAAGCAGGACACAGACGUGCACUACCACUCUCUGACUGGAGAAGGAAACUUUAACUGGCGCUUCGUGUUUCCCUUUGACUAUCUCGCGGCUGAGGAGAAAAUCGUGAUCUCCAAGAAAGAGUCCUUGUUCUCCUGGGAUGAGACAGAGUACAAGAUUCCUACCCGCCUUAUCCUGCAAGUGUGGGAUGCUGACCACUUCUCCUCAGAUGACUUCUUGGGUUCACUUGAGCUCGAUUUGAACCGGUUUCCGAGAGGAGCGAAAUCGUCAAAGCUGUGCUCACUUGACAUGAUUAUUAAUGAGCAAGAGCUGCCAACCAUCUCAAUCUUUAAGCAGAAAAGGGUGAAGGGCUGGUGGCCUUUCAUGGCACAAAAUGAGAACGAUGAGCCAGAGCUCACGGGUAAAGUGGAAGCAGAGCUCCACCUACUGAUGUCAGAGGAGGCAGAGAAAAAUCCUGUCGGCCUUGGAAGGAAUGAGCCAGAACCACUGGAAAAACCAAACCGACCUGACACCACCUUCCUCUGGUUCAUGAGUCCGCUCAAGGCUGUGCACUAUCUGGUGUGCACCCGCUACAAAUGGCUUAUCAUCAAAAUUAUCCUAAUCCUACUGCUGGUGAUCAUGGUGGCCCUCUUCAUCUAUAGUAUGCCUGGCUACCUGGUCAAGAAGAUGCUGGGUGCAUGAGGAAACCAGGGAGAACCAGGGCGUUUUAUUCCACCUCUCCUCUUCAUAAUCUUCAGAAUUUAUUUUUAGUUUUCUUUCCAGAUGAUUUAACAACACACAUUGUUGCAUACUAAGCAUAUACUGUAAUACAUUCAAGACUUUUUUUAAACAUGAUUUCCAUCAUUAUGUUUAUCUUCUUGCCAAUCAAUAAACCUUUUUUCCUGAUUUAUAUUUAUUUCACUAAGAAAGUAAGGUAUACACUCACCAAACUGUAUAUUAGGAAUACUUAUAUCUUAUAUAACUUCUUGAACUUCAUGCAGUUAUUCAAAUCAGCCAACCAUGUGGCAGCAGUGCAAUGUUUAAAAUGUCAAAGUCUGGACAGUUGAAGUGCUCACUGUAGCCUACAACCAUGCCAUGGUCAAAGUCACUGAGAUCUUUUUUUUUUUUUCCAUUCUGACAUUUGAUGUGACCGUUAACCAGAGCAUUUUUUAAGGAUUUUCCACUAGGAGACCAACUGGUCUGGGCAAUACAAUCACAGGCCCCAGAGUCCAUGCGGCUGCACCGCUGCGGCAUAUUCUGUGAUGCAAAAUGGUUCACCAAUCACCAUACAGACAAACACACUACAGUGACUACACAGCUAUCAAGAGCAAUUACCAAGCACAAAUGUUAUGUCAAAGACACUCAAAGUUACACAGUAAUGACAUCGGAUUCUGACAUCAGCCAUCUCAGUAACCAAAUUUUAGUUUUGUUUUUCUUAACCAACAUGAUCUUGUGUGUAUAUCUUAUAACAUAGAUCUUCGUUUUCCUUGUUAAAUGUAUACUUACAUGGUACUUGGUUAAUUAAUUGCAACUGAUUGAACCAAAUGAUAAGGAAUAACUUGGUUUAAAAUUUGGUCUCCCAGUGAAGCUGGUUUGGCAUUGACUAGGAGACCAAAUCUGGCCACUGGGAGACCAUUUGGUCUCCCAGUAACUAUGUUAAAAAAUGCUCUGCCAUUAACUGAAGUUCUUAACUUGUAUCUGCAUAAUUGUAUGCAUUACACUGCUGCCACAUGAUUGGCUGAUUAGAUAAUUGCAUGAAUAUGCAGGUUUUCCUAAUAAAGUGGAUGGUGAAUGUACGUCUGAUCAUUCAUACUUUAAGGAUACAGUAUGCCUUGCUUGAGUUUGUGUAAAUUGCUCUAAAACGUCAAAACUUGCAGCUGAUGACACACUUAGCAUGCGACAACUUCUUUUAAAAAAGGGCGCUAUAUAGGACAUGCUAAAAUAGAAUUACAAGAUCUUGCUAUAUGUGGAAAAAUUCCUUCUUUUCCAGCACAGAAUUUCAGAACAACUGUGUAACCACUCCUCCUACUACCCAGCUGUUGAUUUCUGUUGUUUGCAGUGCACAUUGUUUUUGUACUUGCUUGCUCUUCGACUGUUUCUUGUGAUUGUGUGUACUGAUCAACAAAUUUGAUAGCUGACUUGAUUGCACUGAAUCGAACUCAUUAUUAAAGGGUGUAUA